AUGCGACGAGCAAGCCCGCGGCAGAUCGGCAACGUCUGCCAUCGAUGCGCCUUUGCGCCGGCUCGAGCGGUCGCCAACCAAGCCUUCCUCAGCGGCGCUCUUCUAUCAAGCGCUCGACAUGUCCGAAAUUCGACCCUUAAGCCCUUGGGCGUGCGAUGGGUCGCAACAUCUCCGUACCCCGAUCUCAACAUCCAGCCACCCGACGCCGCGAGUGUCCCGAGGCAACUGACGGACCCGACACAAUUGGCCAAGAUCGUGGGGGACAGCACGAACAAGUUCCUCUCGACGGAUGGGAUCCCGGCGAAGCAAUUGACAAGCGCCGCUCUGGAAACAUGUCUCAGGGCUGCGGAGGCCCUCCAGCCCCAGGUUCGGAAAGCUGAGGCUCAAUCACGGGCGUCGACCUCGAAGCUCAUGGCUCUGGGGGCAGAGAGGACCGGUAACAGGCCGAUCAAGAUGGACUCGCAGCUGGCCGACAGCAUCAAGAAGAUCUCAUACUCGGCAUACACCAUCAUAUCACACCCCAAUGUCGAGAUAACCCCCGAGUUCCUCGAGCUGUAUGUGGUCAUCCAGGCGACCCUGGGCCGACCCGAGUCCCUCCCCGCAGUCCUCGACAUGUUUGCCAGCAAGAAGAAGCCGGUCGUCAAGAACGGCAUCGUUCAGUACGUUGCUUCAAAUCCCAACGCUGCGAUAAAGGCCGUCCAGAGUGACGUGGCCGACAUGGCCCUGCAGAGUGCCAUCGACGCCAAGAACCUGGAUUCCGCCUUGGGCAUCGUCGAGGCCUCGUUCAGCCUCCCCGCCUUCAAGCGCCAGAAGCUCCUCAAGCACGCCACAACCCCAGCCCUCGCCCUCGGUACCCUCCCCUUUGGCAUCUUUGGUCUGGCAUCUGCCUAUGCCGCCUACUGGCAGAACACCAUGGACAUCACCACGGCGACUGGAAUCGGUUUUGCCGGUAUUUCGGGUUACUUCCUGGUGGUGGGAUCUAUGGGCUUGAUCGCCAAGCUGAGCAACAAGGACCAGAUGAAGCGUGUGACCUGGGCGCCCGGAACGCCGCUGCGUUACCGAUGGCUGAGGGAAGAGGAGCGAGCGGCGAUGGACAAGAUUGCCUGCGCUUGGGGAUUCAAGGAGCCCUGGAGGCACGGAGAAGAGUCCGGACCCGAGUGGGAGGGCCUCAAGGAGUAUAUGGGCUAUCGGCAAAUGAUUCUUGAUCGUGUCGAGUUCAUGGAGGGCAUGAGCUAG